CGAGGCGGAAGACAUUUGCAAAGGAACCACUGAGUACAAACACAAUGAAUGCUCUGCACUUUUUAAUUUCGGGACAGUUAAGCUCUGAUACCAAAAUUGGGAAAAUAGGGCCAUAUCCCCUAUAUGUAAGCAGCUUUCAGUCCCUUCUGGGAAACCAGGAACUUCCUGAUGAGAUCAUGGAUGCCAUAUUUCACCUGUUCAGCACGAAGACACCAGGCUUAAUGGCAAUCAACAACCACACCUUGAACAAUAUUCUUGAUGGGAAGGUCAGAGCAAGAAGUCAUAGUUUUGUCAAAAAUAACAUUCUUAAAAAAGCAGAAGUGGUAAUUGGUCCAUACCUGGAGGGAGGGAAUCACUGGACUUUCUUUCACUGCAACAUUGCUGGUAGAACCAUAACCUACCUCAAUUCUUUUGGUGAGCGGAAAGAGAGUUGUCAGAAAAUAGCUGACAAUUGGGGGAUAUUUGCCACAGCAAAGGGUUGCCAGGGAACAUGGGAACUUUGCACAAGGGAGCAUGACAUUCAGAGAGAUCUCAUUUCUUGUGGCAUCUUCACAGCUGUGUUUGCAGAUGCCUUUCUCCGUGGGGACCAGGGGUAUAUUAACUUCCCUUCAGUUCAUGAAGAAAGAGAAAGACUAGCAAUUCUGCUCUUCACUUCCCUUGAAAGGUCAGGCAUUUGUGGUGUCUGCCAUAAAGCUGUUGCUAAGAGCAAGGGCAAAUGUUUAACAUGUGGCGUGAGCAUACAUCAGAAAUGUGUGGAAAACAACCAGGAGACUGCCAUUUGUUUUCUGUGCAAAGUUUUAGUACAAACUGAAACAACAUCAGAACAUGAAGGAAACAAACAAGCAGAGACUGCCAAAUGCAUAGAUGAGGAAGUGGUGGAGAGAGAUGGCUUCCUUGUAGAAAGCGUACUGAAAGUUUCAGACUUUCACCAGGCGAAGAGAUAUCUAGUCUCUACAAGUGAGUUACAGAGGAGAUGUUCACCACCUGAGUGUUAUUCCAACAACACUGUGGUUUCUUAUUUGCGAAAAGCAAAGGCAAAGAAGAGAAACAUAGAGGAAAAGCUUACUGGUUUGGGUGUGCAACCCAAAAAGCGGACCAAACUGACCUCACUGUGCACUAAACUGUGUGAAGAUGAAUGCAGUGAGCUUGUCAGUGAUGUGAUGUUCCUGGCAGCCAAGUUUAUGCCCCAAAAGAAAGUGGUCCAGGAAAUGUGUGAAAACGAGGAUAUUCAUGAUUCAAUUUCCAAAGCUGAAUCCUGCAGGAAGACCUUACAAACACUUCUGGCAACUUUAAGGAGAAUCUGGGAGAUAUUUGGACUGGCAACCCAUGGCCUUGGGCCUGGUUUAAUAGGGGGCACAUUUGACUUUAUUGACUCGUGCCUCAAAGAAAAAAUUAAAGCACUUAAAUCCUCUACAACACAUAUGAGAACAACUUAAGGU